ACCCCCACCUCUGCCUUCCUGCCCGAUCUCUUCGGUUCUUCGUCUGAUCUCGUGACUGUUUCGCGUCGGUUUCGGUCGAUGGAAGCCGCCUCGGGCCUUCGCUCUCCUCGGUGCCUUCGCAAAGCUCCCGGCUUUAGCUCGAGGUCGUGCCUCUUGGCCAUCCACGGGACCAAUUCUUCUCUCUCGUUUGAUCCCAAGCCCCGUUACUCGACCCUGUGGCUCAAGAGUGAUUCUUCAAUUUCUCUGUCAAAGCAAGGGCGAAGACUAUUUGGUGCUCGGAGGAGCAUUGGCGUUCGGGCAUCGUCAUCUUCCUCGGAAUCGUCGUUGCCUAUUGCUCCUCUCCAGCUGGAGUCACCUAUUGGGCAAUUCCUGUCUCAGAUUCUCGUUAGUCAUCCUCAUCUCCUGCCGGCUGCUGUUGAUCAGCAGCUCGAGCAGCUCCAGACUGACCGUGAGGCCGAGAAGAACAAGGAGGAGCCUGCACCUUCGGGAACUGACAUAGUUCUAUACCGGAGGAUUGCCGAGGUGAAAGCUAAUGAGAGGAGAACGGCUCUGGAGGAGAUUCUAUAUGCAUUGGUUAUUCAAAAGUUUGUUGAGGCUGAUGUUUCUUUGGUUCCUGCUAUAUCUCAGUCGACGGACCCUUCCAGUAGGGUUGAUCACUGGCCACCCCAGGACGAGAAACUUGAAAGGUUGCAUUCCCCCGAGGCUUAUGAAAUGAUCAAGAAUCACCUGGCUCUCAUAUUGGGGCAACGGUUAAGUGAUUCCAACUCUGUGGCACCUAUUAGCAAGCUCAGGAUUGGGCAGGUUUAUGCUGCUUCUGUCAUGUAUGGUUAUUUCCUUAAGAGAGUGGACCAAAGGUUUCAACUUGAGAAGUCCAUGAAGACUCUCCCUUGGGGAUCAGAUAAAGAGGAGAUUGCUAUUAAGCAAGCGAUGCCAGAUGAGUCGAGACCAUUCACUGAGUCCAGGAUUUCAAAUCCUGAGCUGCCUUCUUGGUCUUCUCCAGGCUUUAACAAGGGUGCAGUUGGCAAUGGGGCCAAGUCCAGUCUGCUGCGAUCCUAUGUCAUGUCCUUUGAUUCUGAUACCCUUCAAAGGUACGUCACGAUUAGAUCAAAGGAAGCCUUUACCAUUAUCGAGAAGCACACCGAGGCGCUAUUUGGAAGGCCUGAGAUUGUGAUCACACCCCAGGGAACCAUCGAUUCUUCUAAGGAUGAACUGAUCAAGAUAAGUUUCGGAGGAUUGAGGAGGCUUAUUUUGGAGGCUAUAACUUUUGGUUCUUUCCUCUGGGAUGUUGAGGGCUAUGUAGAUUCAAGGUAUCAUUUUGUGACCAACUAGUUUGCAUAUAAUUAGAUGUGGGGGAUUUGAUGAUGACUAAAUGGUUCAGACAGUGUGCUGCAUAUUAUUCUACAAUAAUUGCUGAAGGUGGAAAUCACCAAAUGGUGGCACUCAGAUCUUCAUAUCCAUCGGAUCCUUCCAUACAACUGUUGAGGUCUUUAGUGCUGUACAUAAGGGUUUCCUCUAGUUUCUGUUUCAUGUAUGUUCUUGAUAGUUGUUUUGAUGUCUGUUCCUUGACUGUUUAGUAGUCUUUUUUGGUUAAUUUUUUUGCUUGUAACUUGGAGUUAGAAACUUUCUUGUUUGUGAAGAGCACCAUUUUCUAUCAGGUGAAAUAUUGUAUUUUGAAGUAAUAAUUAUUUUUUCUCAA